GGGUGCGCAGCAACAAUAAAUUUGAAGUGGAUUGAGUUGUACCCAGAUUUCCAGGUGGAUGUGCCCCAGCCAUGCGGCCAGACAAGAGAGGGUCGUCUGAAAGCCGACAAGGCCAAGGAGCUGCAGGAGGCACUUGACGCAGAGCAGCAGACUGUGGGCAAAGAGACGCGGGUAUAUGUUAGGAUUGCCGACUGCAGUUCCCAUCAAAACCAUGGUUUCGAGGACAUGGAAGCUUUCAGCCAAAACAUGGACAAGAGCGUUGCUGAGUGUAUUCAGAUGUUGGCAAGAGAAGGCAUUACUUCUGUAUCAGAUGUGAAAAAGUGCCUUCACUAUUAUGUGCACGAUGUACUUUUUGCGAACAAGGAGAAGCCUGAUAGCAGCUGCAGGGCCUUUUUCCCAACACAUCGUGACAUCAGCAACCAGAUCCAAGCUGUGCUUAAGAAAGACCGCUUCAGCACAGUUGAUCAAGAGAAUGCUAGAAUUUUAAUUGAAAAGAUCAGGGGUGAGCAACACGAAUCCUCCGUUGUCUAUCGGCCGUAUGCAGCACGAAGCUUCGUAGGUAGCAGCGACUCGGACAACGUGGAAGAGGGCGUUGCCAGCGAGUGUGAAGACACGUUGCUGUUUUGCUUCCAAACAAAAUUCAUGAGGAGCAUGCUUAAAAAGUACGGAGGCUCAGUAGUUUGCCUGGACGCAACGCACAAGACGAGUGACUAUGCUCUACCACUUUUCUUGCUUGUCGUGAAAACACCGUCGGGAUACACACCAGCUGGUGUGUUUAUCAUACAGUUCGAGACGACCCACUGUAUCGCUGAGGCUUUAGACGUUUUCAAGCAGUGGUGUGACAACUGGUCCCCACAAUACUAGAUGGUGGAUUAUAGCAAGGCAGAAAUAAGUGCCAUCAAGCAAGUGUUUCCAGAGAGUCAAAUCUCCAUCUGUGACUUCCAUAGACUACAGGCAUGGCAGAGGUGGCUGCGCAGAAAGGAAAACAACAUAUCCGAUCUAGAUGAAGCCCUGAGACUCAUGAAACACGUAGCCAGUGCUUCAAAUCAGCAUAACUUUGACAAGACGGUUGAAGUCCUUGUUGACUCUGAGUAUUGGAAAAAUGAAAGAUUCCGCAGUUACCUUGAAGAAGUGUGGCUGUCAGUAAAGGAGCUGUGGGUCAUGUCUUACAGGCUGGAGUUUGACGUUGUGUUGACCACAAAUAACGGCAUUGAGGCCCACAACCGCGUGUUGAAGGCAGAGUACGUGAAAACUUCCAGCGGGAAACGGUCGUUAACAUCCCUGAUCAUGACUGUCGUUCAUGGCUACCUUCCCGACAAAGAAGCGAAAUUCCAUGAGCCGGCACGGAGGCAGUCAUCAGUGUACAGACAGUACAGUGAAAAUGCUCCUGCAUACCUGCACAACCGGCCUCAUGGGUUCGUUAAGCAUAUGCUGAGACGGCUUGUUAACACAGAGGAAUACACCCCCACAGACAUGGAAGAGCUCCCCAUUGAAGGUGUGUUUACGGUUCAUUCUGAAAGAAGUGAUGAUGAUUUGUACACUGUCGACUUCACCAAGCCAUCGUGUACCUGCCCUGAUUUCAGGAAGUACAAGUACCCAUGCAAGCACUUUUGUGUUGUUUUUAAGUACAGCGACAGGUGGGGCUUUUCCUCUCUUCCGCAGAGUUACCUCAAUCGACCGCAAAUUACUCUUGAAAGCUGUCCAGAAUCCGAAACAAGUUCCGAGAUUCCCCUUGUCAAUCAGCCCAGCCCUUCUGAAGUGUCUUCACAGGAUCUUGGUACAGCAGCAUCAGAGUCAGACAUUCCCUUUGUCAAUGAGACCAGCUUUUGUGAAGUGCCUUUACAGCCUGGGGUUGCUAUGCUUCCUGGGACAGCAGCCCCCUCAGUGUCGGAGCUACAAAAAAGUAUAAACGAGGAAUUGGAAAAGUGCAGUUCCCUCCUUUACUGCUGCCAUGACGUUCAAACACUGGUGGAGGCUAGGGGAUUAUUGCAAGCCACCUUCCGUAAGCUGGCUGAAUCUGUGCCACAGAGUUCUGGCCUUCACAUUCGGGGCUCGCCGACAAAAGGAUGCUCAUCUCUGAAGCCUCUUCUGAAAAGAAGACGCCUAUAGUGUGCUGUCACUCUGCCAUUGACUGAAGCUUUGACUGCUAGGAAAGGAUCGGGGGAGACGGUAGAGAUGGACCACUCGGUGAUUUUUUUUUUCAUUCUUUUUAAAAAAAUUGCAAUUGUUGCAAAACUCAAUUUAUUUUACCAUUCAUAACUUUGGCCUAAACACAGUGUUCGGACAUCUUUGUAAAUAAUUUUUAGAAUGUUUAGAGCUUUUAAGAUUAAUAGGGUAUGUUUUAUACUAGACUUCAUUAUAGUCAUGCAAUUGUGACAUUGGCAACGACUGUGUAUGUGUAUAAAUCCAGCCGUAAUUUUUUGUGUUGGUGAUACUCUCAAUUCAAAGAGUGUGUGAAAGUAUGUUUUUAGGCUUCUGCUUUCAAUCUAUGUGUAUAAAGCUGUUUGUAAAGUUGCAUUUUUUCUGUACUUGCUACGGACGUGCUUACUUUUAUACUUUCCUUUUGACAUUUUAACAUAGCACCUGUUGUAUGUGAAAGCAUGUUAGUACAUUUUUUCGGGUGGUCAUUUCAAGAUGUAUUCAUAGCGUGCUUGUAAUAUCCAUAGACUGUAAAUAAACCAAAUGUGAGAGAAUG